UCUACGGGUAUACAAAUACACUACCAUUCUCCAUUAUUUGUGAGGGUUGAGCAUUCCAAGAAGCAAGGAUAGGGUGGAGAGAAAGGAGCCAUGGAGGGAGGCGUGCACGAGUUCGACGGCUCGACCUUCAAGGAGUGCUUCUCCCUCACAUGGCGGAACCCCUACGUCCUCAGGCUCGCCUUCUCCGCCGGCAUCGGCGGCCUCCUCUUCGGCUACGACACCGGUGUUAUUUCGGGAGCUCUGCUUUACAUCCGCGACGAUUUCCGUUCAGUUGACAGGAACACAUGGCUUCAGGAAAUGAUCGUGAGCAUGGCGGUGGCCGGCGCGAUCAUCGGCGCGGCGAUCGGCGGCUGGACCACCGACCGGUUCGGGCGGCGGACGUCGAUCCUCGUGGCUGACUUCCUCUUCUUCGCGGGCGCGGCCGUCAUGGCGUCGGCCAUGGGCCCCGCGCAGCUCGUGGUCGGCCGCGUCUUCGUCGGCCUCGGAGUCGGCAUGGCGUCCAUGACCGCCCCGCUCUACAUCUCCGAGGCCUCGCCGGCGAGAAUCCGCGGCGCUCUCGUCAGCACCAACGGCUUCCUCAUCACUGGCGGCCAGUUCCUGUCCUACCUCAUCAACCUCGCCUUCACCAAGGCGCCGGGGACGUGGAGGUGGAUGCUUGGCGUCGCCGGGAUCCCCGCCGUGGUCCAGUUCGCACUCAUGCUCUUCCUCCCUGAAUCACCCAGAUGGCUCUACAGAAAGGGGAGGGAGGAAGAAGCAGAGGCGAUCCUGCGGAGGAUCUACUCGGCGGAGGAGGUGGAGAGGGAGAUCGAGGAGCUGAAGGAGUCCGUGGCGGCGGAGGCGCGGGAGCGGGGCUCGUCGGAGAAGGUGAGCCUGGCGAAGUUGGUGCGGACGGCGACGGUGCGGCGGGGGCUGGUCGCCGGCGUGGGGCUGCAGGUGUUCCAGCAGCUGGUGGGCAUCAACACGGUGAUGUACUACAGCCCGACGAUCGUGCAGCUCGCCGGGUUCGCGUCCAACCAGACGGCACUCGCGCUGUCGCUCGUCACCUCGGGGCUCAACGCGCUCGGCUCCAUCGUGAGCAUCUACUUCAUCGACCGCACCGGCCGGAGGAAGCUACUCGUGAUCAGCCUCGUCGGCGUCAUCCUCUCGCUCGGCGUGCUCUCCGCCGUGUUCCACGAGACCACGUCGCACUCGCCGGCCGUCAGCGCCGUCGAGACCAGGCACUUCGACGGCUCGCUCACGUGCCCUGACUACCGCCUGUCGUCGGCGAGUGGUUCCUGGGACUGCACCCGGUGCCUGAAGGCGAAGUCGACCGAGUGCGGCUUCUGCGCUUCCGGCGCCGGCAACAAGCUUCUCCCCGGCGCGUGCGUGGUGUCGAACUCGACGGUGCGCGACGCGUGCCACGGCGAGGGGCGGCUGUGGUACACGCGCGGGUGCCCGAGCCGGUACGGGUGGCUGGCGCUGGUGGGGCUGGCGCUGUACAUCAUCUUCUUCUCCCCCGGGAUGGGCACGGUGCCGUGGAUCGUGAACUCGGAGAUCUACCCGCUGCGGUACCGCGGCGUGUGCGGCGGCGCGGCGGCGACGGCGAACUGGGUGUCGAACCUGGCCGUGGCGCAGUCGUUCCUGUCGCUGACGGAGGCCAUCGGGACGUCGUGGACGUUCCUCAUCUUCGGGGUCCUGUCCGUGGCCGCGCUCGCGUUUGUGCUCGUCUGCGUGCCGGAGACCAAGGGGCUCCCCAUCGAGGAGGUGGAGAAGAUGCUCGAGCGCCGGGAGAUCAGGCUCAGGUUCUGGGCCCCCCGCGGCGGCGGCGAGCGACCGGACGACGGCAAGGAGAGUGGCAAGAGCGGCGGCGUUUGAGGAAUGGCUUGAGUGCGAUAGAUAGCAACAAGUUUCAGAGGAUGUGACAUUGCGCUAGCUUUGCGUUGAACUUUCUAAAUUGUGGCUUCAGAUUGAUCAAUUAUGACAUUGAACAAUGAACGAUCUUUAAUCA